AUCAUAGCAUUGUGCUCUAUCUACCUACUGACUUACACAUAUUAUAAUAUGUAUAGCUUUUGAUUGUAGCAGUUCUUUGACUUUAGAUCAUAGCAUUGUGCUUGAGAUCAGGAAGUAAUAAGAUCCGUGCAACUAUAGCAGUACAGCUAGUAGUAUCGAUCAUUCAUUGUAGAGUAGUAUCAUCUGAGUUUCUUCAUUUUCGUUGCCUGGUACUGAUUUGAUUUUGUUAUCGCAGAUUACAGUUUUGACACAGCCAAGAGAUUACAACCCUGCAAUGGAAUACAGGCUCAUAGGAGAAUCUUCCUCAAGCUCUUCCUCUUUCAAUCCAACUCCAAAUUGGAAAUAUGACGUUUUCUUGAGUUUUGCAGGAAAAGAUACUCGCUUAAAUUUUACAGAUCACUUGCACGCUGCUUUAUGUAGAAGUGGCAUCAGAGUUUUUAUCGAUGACAAAGGAUAGAGAGAGGGGAAGUUAUAUCACAUCAACUUUGUCAGGCAAUUGAAGAUUCUUUCUCGGCCAUAGUUGUUCUUUCUCAGAAUUAUGCAAAUUCUACCUGGUGUUUGGAUGAACUUCAUGAGAUUAUUAAAUGUAAAAACAGUCUGGGCCGACAAGUAUUUCCCAUUUUUUAUAGUGUUGAUCCAUCUGAUGUCAGAUAUCAAAAGGCAAGUUAUGGUAAAGCUUCAGCCAAACAUGAAGAGAGAUUCAAAGAAAGCGAAGACAACGUUCAGAGAUGGAGAGAUGCUUUGUUGCAAGUUAGCAACUUGUCAGGGUGGGAUACCAGGGGCCGGAGGUCUUCCUUUGGCACUUCAUGUUUUAGGUACUUUUUUGCGUGGAAGAAGUAUGCCUGAGUGGAAAGAUGCCUUAGACAAGCUAAAGAAAAUUCCAGAUGAUAAUAUUCUUCAGAUACUCAAAAUCAGCUAUGAUGGAUUAAAUGAUGAAGAAAAGACCAUAUUUUUGGAUAUUGCUUGCUUCUUCAGAGAACAGAGGAAAGAAGAAGUAAUCCAAAUUUUGAAAAAUUGUGAUCUUUUUCCAACAAUUGAGAUAAAUAUUUUGAUGGAGAAAGCUUUACUAGUUGAAAAGAAGGAUUCGUGUGGAGAGUGUAUAUUAGAAAUGCAUGAUUUACUUCAAGAAUUGGGAAGGAACAUAGUUUUUCAAGAAUCUCCUAGUAAUGUUGGGAGACGAAGUAGGUUGUGGAAAUUAGAGGACAUUCAUGAAAUUUUGAAAAAUAAUACGGGAUCUGAAGCAAUGCAAGCAAUUGUUAUGCGCCCAAACCUACAUGAAUUAGAAGUAAAUCCUAAAUCCUUUUCUAAGAUGACUAAUCUUAAAUUACUCAUCUUACCGUGGGAGGUGAAACUUUCGUAUGAUCUCAAAUGUUUUCCUCGUGCAAUAAAAGUUGUUCAAUGGUAUUCAUUUCCUUUAGAAGCUCUUCCACUUCAAAUUCCAUUGGAUAAACUUGUCGAUAUUAACAUGCAUCGUAGCAAAAUAAAGCAACUACGGAAUGGCUUACUGUUUAUGCAAAAUUUGAAGUUCAUUGAUAUGAGAGGUUCUGAAGAUUUGGUUGAAACUCCGGAUUUCUCAGGAGUCCCAAAUUUAGAAAAAUUGAUUUUGGAUGGAUGCUCAUCCUUGGUUGCCGUUCAUCCUUCACUUGGAGAACUGAAAAAGGUUGUUGAAGUGAGUUUACGUUGGUGCACAAGUCUUGAAAUCCUUCCAAGAAAAUUGGAAAUGAAUUCUUUGAUGAAGUUAAGUCUUUUCUUUUGCUGUAGAGUUUUUAUGCUCCCCGAGUUUGUAGAAAAUAUGAAAAAAUUAUCAUCCCUUAAUUUAAGUCAUACUGCUAUAACCAAUCUUCCUGAAUCACUUGGAUUCUUGAUUGGUCUAAGAGAUCUGAAUUUGAGUGGAUGCAAUAUUGCUGGUUGCUCAAAAGGAUUUAAGCUGCCAAAAAAUCUGAAUGAUCAUGAGGCUUUGAGAGAACAUGACAUCUGUGAAGCUUGGAGUAACAAGAGGGAACUCAAUGUGUCAACUUGGAGUAAUUUACAUCACAUUUUUGAAGUUAAUCUAACAUCAUUAUCAGAGUUAGACUUGAGCUACUGUUGCAUUAGUGAUGACUCACUUCCAGAUGAUUUUGGCGGUUUACCAUCAUUAAUUGCAUUAGAUUUGGGAUAUAAUGAUUUCGUUAAUAUGCCAUCUGGUUGCUUCUCUAAACUUUUUCAUCUGCACUAUCUGUUUUUUUUAAUUGCAAAAGGCUCAAGUCACUGCCAAAUCUUCCACCACGGUUAAUUCGAAUAGAUGCAAUCGGUUGUAAUUCAUUAGAAUCUUUAUCAGAUACACAACUAUGGAAUCUAGUUUCAUCACUAGACCAUGAGGUAUGCUUGUGUAACUACUAACUAUAUUCAUUUGUCUUCUUCUUCUUGGUGAAAUAACCACAUCCUUAUAUGAUAUAACUAUUUUCUUGUUUUA